AUGCCAAAUCUCGCCCCGGACUCGCCGCUCUCCGCCGCCCACCGCCUGCCGCCCGAGCUCCUCGCGCACAUCCUGCUCGAGGUCGAGCCGGGCCCACGCCCGCACGGGCUGUGCGCCGAGGAGCGCCCGCUGUGGCACCUCGCGCACGUGUGCCGCUACUGGCGCGCGUGCGCGUUCGCGACGCCCGCGCUGUGGACGCACAUCCGCGUGCUGCACUGCGCGGAGAUGCCGGCCAUGCGCAGCGCGCCGGUGGAGCGCCUGCGGAUGCAGUACCGGCUGGCGGGGACGCGUGCGCUCUCGGUCGACCUCACCGCGUGGGAGCCGCUGGAGGACAUCGCGGCCGCGUGGCAGGAGGCGUUCCUGGGCGCGUGCCACCGCUGGGGGCGUCUGCGGCUCUGCAUGAUGCUGAUGACAACCACUUGUCGAGAUCCGUGCGCGUUUCUGCAUGCCGUUAUGGAUCGGAUGCAUGCGCUGCAGGUGCUGGAGCUGGAUGUCGAGUAUCGCGAGACGCUGGCGUUGCGCGUCGCGCCGAGGCUGCACACGGUGAUCGUGACCGAUGUGCUCUGCUCCCAGCCGAGCCCCCGACUGCUGAUUGACUGGUCGCGCGUCACAUGCUACCGCGGGGUGUAUCCACUUCAUGAGCAAAUCCAGAUCCUGGCCGCUGCGCCAGCCUUGGUCGAUUGUGCCCUGGGUUUCUGCGAACGCCCGUUGGAUGCUGCUGCUGCCGCUGCUCCACAAUUCGACCCACCGCUCGUCACCCUCGGCGUACUUCGCCGACUGCACAUCGCGCGGAAGUGUCAGUUCCUGCAAUAUAUCGUAGCGCCGAAUCUCCAGGAACUCCUGAUCACCGGGACGAUCGAUAUCGCGUCGCUUGCCGCGUUCGUUCAAACCUCGGGCUGCGCCGACAGCCUCACGCGCGUCGUGCUCGACCGCACACCCAACCUGUCGCCGGUGGUUCUCUCCUCCGUCUUCCGCAUCGCGCCCUCGCUCCGGUCGCUCCGCAUCUGCAUCCCCUGCGGGGCGACCCACCCGCGCGACCUGCUGCUCGCGGCGAUCUCCGACCCGCUGUCCGCGCUCGACUCGCUCGCGUUCGUGGGGGAGAGCUGGACGCCCGAGAUGGUGGACGGCGUGCUGGGCAUCGUCGAGGGCGCGAGGGCGGCUGUGCCCCGCCUGCCGCAGAUUCGGCUGCACAGUCGUCGGUCGAGUGUGAGGGAGAUCGGGCCGGCGAAUGGGCGCUUAGGGCGGUUUACUGAGCACGUGCGCUUUGAACACCAGGAGGAUUGUGGUGUUAGAAUUUAG